AUGCCGACCGAGGAGUCCAAGCCGGUCGAGCCCAUCGUCGACAAGGGCAAACAGGUCGACCAAGGCGAAUCCGAGUCCGAAGACGACGAGCCCGCCACGACCACCGCCGACACCUCAACCACCAGCGGCAAGAAGAAGAAGUCGAAGCGCAAGAAGGCCAAGCAGCUCCUGACCGGCAAAUCCGACGAGCAACAGCAGGCAGAUGAUGUGAAAAAGGCCAUAGGGGGUUUAACGCCCCAGCAGAUGAAGGAGCUUGUGGCUCUCAAUCCAGGCCUCAUGCAGGAAAUUGCUGCCGCGUCUGGCAGCGCGAACCCGUCUCCCGACCAAGUCGCCAACCUGCUGAAAGACAUGAAGCUUUCAGACAUCAUGACCGGAUUGGCGGCCAGCGGCAAGAACGCCAAGGAUAUGGGUGCGUACAAGUUCUGGCAGACGCAGCCGGUGCCCAAGUUUGGCGAAGACGGCGGCAAGAUGGAGGAAGGGCCGCUGCGGAUCCAGAAAGUUGAGGAGGUGGACAAGGAGCCGCAACCGCUGGUGGCUGGGUUCGAGUGGGUGACGAUGGACUUGAUGGACGAUGAUGAGAUUAAGGAGGUGUACGAGCUGCUGAACGGGCACUAUGUGGAGGAUGAUGAGGCCAUGUUUCGCUUCAACUACAUUCCCGAAGUGCUGCGGUGGGCCAUGAUGGCACCAGGCUGGCAGCGCAAAUACCACAUCGGCGUACGAGCAACGCAAUCCCGCAAACUGGUCGCCUUCAUCUCCGCCAUCCCCGUCAACAUCCGCGUGCGCGACAAGACCUUCACCUCAUCAGAAGUCAAUUUCCUCUGUGUACAUAAGAAACUCCGUGGAAAGCGCCUCGCCCCCGUCCUAAUCAAGGAAGUCACCCGUAUCAGCAACCUGGACGGCGUCUGGCAGGGACUCUACACGGCUGGUAUCGUGCUCCCCCGGCCGGUGAGCACGUGUCGCUACUACCACCGCUCGCUGAACUGGAAAAAGCUGCACGCCUGUGGAUUCAGUCCCUUGCCCGCGGGGAGCAAGCCGGAGUACCAGAUUCGAAAGUAUGCGCUGCCGGAAAACACCGCCACCAAGGGUCUGCGCGAGAUGCGAGAAAAGGAUGUGGAUGCCGUGGUGGACUUGCUGACGAGAUACUUGGCGCGGUACGACAUGGCUCCUGAGUUUACGGCAGAAGAGGCCCGCCACUGGUUCUUGCCUAAGAAGGACGUGAAGCAGGUGAUUUGGUCAUACGUCGUUGAGGAUAAUGGCAAAAUCACCGACUUCUUCUCCUUUUUCUGUGUAGAAUCAUCCAUCAUCAAGAGCAACGAUGUCCUGCGUGUCGCCUACCUGUUUUACUACGCCACCGAAGCCGGCCUCAGCCAGCCGUUCGACAAGCCCGCGCUCAAGACUCGCCUCAACGCACUCAUCAACGAUGCGCUCAUUCUCGCCAAGAGGGCCAAGCUGGAUGUCUUCAACGCCCUGUCCCUCAUGGACAACGGCCUGUUCCUGGAGCAGCAGAAGUUUGGGGGCGGCGACGGACAGCUGCAUUACUACCUGUUUAAUUAUAGGGCGAACCCGAUCAGCGGGGGUGUGAAUGCCAAGAAUCAGUUGGAUGAGGAGCAUUUGAGUGGCAUUGGCUUGGUGAUGCCUUAG